AUGAAGAGAGGAGCUAUACUAUUAGUUGGCAUACUUGUCCUGUUAUGGGCAUCAGGUGUCUGUGCAGUGAACACCAAGAACAACCAGAGACUUGCCAAGGUCGACAAGAACUUCAAGUGUCUACAUGAGACACGUGUUGAUGAGGGAAAGCAGAAGAGUGCAUGCGAGAAUGUGUUUACCAAAAGAACCAGCAUGGAGAGACACGAGGAGACUCAACAUCCCAUUGGCAGUUGUGCGGACCAAUGCAAAGGCUGCAAGAAUAGAGAAGAGAGGAGAAGGGAGAAGAAGAAGAAGAAUGAUCAGAAGAAAGCUUGUCCUCACGAGUCAUGUGUUGCCAACAAGGCCAUGUUUGAGAGUACAAACCUUUGGAAACAUGUCAAGAAUCUCGAUCUACAUCAUAAGUGUACAGAGGCAUGUCAGGAGUGCAAGAGUACCAGAGCCAGGUUGCUGAAGAAGGUUACUGAUCAUGUGGAUGUUGUGGAUAUGGCUGGCAUCAAAGAGAUCUUGUACAUACCUGACCACUGUUGGAGCAUGUUCAUCAAUGACCUUGCAUUUGAUCGCAAGAAGUAUUCAUUGAACAAUAUCAAGAAGUAUCAAGCGGGUACGUAUAACUAUAUAUAA